AUGGUGAAAGCAUCCAAGAGACCUCCAAAGCCAACGAGCACGUCCACUGACUCCGUCUUGACACCCAAGGCGACGAUGCCAAAACCUGCUGCGUUUCAUCGAAGAGUACUGACUCAACCAGUACAGAUGUUCGAGCGGCGAAGAAGCAAAUCGAGUGCUGGUGGCCAUCGAAGGUCGUUUUCAAGCAUGCAAUCAAGUGGAACGGGUGAAAAGAAAGACUCCAAAUUCUCGUCGUUGCGAAGAGAACUUAUAAGAGGAUCAAGUCUGAUACACCGACGCAGUAGAUCACUUCCUCAAUCUGCUGAAAGGUCGAGCAAGCUCCAAGCCCCCACCGAAACUUCAUUGAGUCUUGUUCCACCCACAAACAAAAUUGCAAGUGGAAAGAACUUUUACGUUCGAGUAACUCUUGAUAGCCUGACGGGUAUCUCAAUUCAAAAGGGAUCAAAGAGAAAAAUGAAAGAAAGCGAAAGGCCCGCAAUCACUGGGUAUGCUUCUCUUUUAAGCAGUGGACAUCAACUUGCAGUUAGUAUGCCUUUCUCUGUGGACCACGAAUCACCCAACUCAAAACUGCUUUGGGCUGGUGUAGAAGGCGAACGUAGUCGGGACAAACGACAACUCCACUUUUCCCUUCAACUUCAGAGAGAAAUUGCCAACUCUAGGGAUGAUGAUUCUGCAACGAACGAUGGCAAAUUUCAUCCCAAAAUUGUCAAAAUGGUAAUUGGCUUGAAAUGUGAAGAUACCAAGCUACCACUUGGAAUUGCAACUCUUGUUGUGAAUGGUAAAUCAGCAUUAGGGGAGGACGUAGAUUUGACUAUGAGGCCAAUGGAUGAAAUGAACGACAAGAAGAACAAACAACUAGUCCCCUUUUUUAGUUCCAAGAAGCCGGGGGGCAUUUCGUUCUUCGACGAUUACUUUUUCAACCUUUCGCCCGAUGCUGUUCUGCGCGCACAUGUCGAUACCAAAGCAGACGAGAUCGGAAAGACAAAACGGCAAGUCUGGGGCGAUAUUGACCAUCAAAAUGCAGUAUCCAGAUCAAAAGUGGAAGAAUCAAGAUCAGAACUAGAAGGAAAAGCUAUUGCACCUCCAGCUAUUGACACAAAUCGCGCACCAGACCACAUACCAGAGGAAUUCACGAUCCCGACACCAGCUUCACCUCGCAGUCGUCGGUUGAAGAACGAAAAUGCGGCAGUCCCCCCAAUAGAAUUUGUUGACAUCGCUGUUGAAGCAAAUUCGUUCACUUCAGAUAUAUCAUCGCGACGAAGCCUAAUUGAACAUCCGUGUGAGAUGACGUCGAAUUUCGUCACGUCUUGUUUUGGUGGAUUCUGCGGUAUUGCCGAUGCCGUCGACGAAGAGGUCAACGAAUUGAAGCUGUCGGGAGAUAGGUAUAUUCCAUCAGGAGGCGGAAUAUCGUCUCCUCCGCAACCACCUCUUCACAAUUCUGCCCAGUUGCAACAAGAGAUGCCUGGAUCGCCUCAAUUAUCAUCAUUCGACAUGGCUCAAAAGUCAUACGACGAUCUGAGGGACGCCCAAGAAACCCUGCGUCGGUACGCAAAUAGAACUGGACUUCAUGUUGUUGACAUACUUGAUCAAGAUGAACCCCCGGCGCAAUACACAUCCUUACAAGUGUAA